AUGGAGAAGAGUGCUGAUCAGAGAGAGACGUCUAGGGAUGAGAAUGGGAAAUUUUUUAUGGAGAAUGAUCUGAAUGAAGCCGUGGAAAACAAUGGGAAAGAAGAGACAGCCAGAGAGCCUAAGAUUACAUACAAAGGGUGGAAAGUCAUGCCUUUUAUUAUAGGGAAUGAAACAUUUGAGAAGCUAGGAACCAUUGGAACCUUAUCCAACCUCUUGAUCUAUCUAACAACAGUGUUCAACAUGAAGAGCAUUACAGCUGCAACUAUCAUUACCUUCUUCAAUGGUACUGCCAACUUGGGCACAUUGAUCGGAGCCUAUCUCUGCGACACUUACUUUGGUCGCUAUAAGACGCUAGGAUUUGCUACUGUCGCCUCCUUUCUGGGAUUGCUUGCUAUACAACUAACAGCAGCAAUUUCCAAACUGCAUCCACCCCACUGUUCAAAGGAGAGCAGCACAUGCAAAGGGCCAACAGCCAGUCAAAUGGCAUUUCUACUGGCAGGAUUCUUACUGAUGAUAAUAGGUGCUGGGGGUAUCAGGCCAUGUAAUUUGGCAUUUGGAGCAGACCAAUUCAACCCUGAAACAGAAUCGGGAAAGAGGGGUGUAAAUAGUUUCUUCAAUUGGUACUUCUUUACUUUCACCUUUGCCCAGAUGAUAUCUCUAACACUAAUUGUCUACGUGCAAGCCAAUGUUAGCUGGUCCAUAGGCUUAUUAAUUCCAGCAAUCCUGAUGCUCAUUUCUUGUCUACUAUACUACAUGGGUUCAAAAUUGUAUGUCAAAGUGAAAGCCACUGGGAGUCCUAUGACCAGUGUCGCAAGGGUUAUAGUGGUAGCUGUCAAGAAAAGGAAGUUAAAGCCAGUGGACCAACCUUGGCUCUCUCUUUUCAAUUAUAUUCCUCCCAAGUCCAUCAACUCCAAGCUUUCUUACACAGAUCAAUUCAGAUUCCUCGACAAAGCAGCAAUCAUGACUCCCCAGGACCAAGUAAACCCAGGUGGAUCGCCAGCUGAUCCAUGGAAACUGUGUAGUUUGCAGCAAGUGGAAGAAGUGAAAUGCGUGCUUAGAGUGAUUCCUAUAUGGGCAGCUGCUAUUAUAUACUAUGCUGCUGUAGUUCAACAGCACACCUAUGUAGUCUUCCAAGCAGUUCAAAGCGACAGACGCCUCGGAAACAGCAACUUUGCAAUACCAGCAGCAUCAUAUAUUGUGUUCGUGAUGCUAAGUAUGAGCCUCUUCAUACCUGUCUAUGACCGAAUUCUUGUGCCUUUUCUGAGGAAAAUUACAGGAAAAGAAGGUGGCAUCACAAUUCUUCAAAGAAUUGGCAUUGGCAUAUUUAUCACAGUCGUUACCAUGUUAGUCUCUGGCUUAGUCGAAGAGAAGCGAAGGACAAUAGCUCUCACCAGGCCAACUCUAGGAACUGCACCAAGAAGAGGUGCCAUUUCGGCGAUGUCGGCUUUAUGGUUAAUCCCUCAGCUAACUCUAUCAGGAGUGGCCGAGGCAUUUGGUAACAUUGGCCAGGUUGAAUUCUACUACAAGCAGUUCCCUGAGAAUAUGAGAAGCAUCGGAGGGUCUCUCUUCUAUUGCGGCAUAGCAGGCUCAAGUUAUUUGAGUAGUUUCCUGAUAACAAUAGUUCACCGAACAACAGAGAGGUCAGCAACUGGUAAUUGGUUAUCAGAAGAUCUCAACAAGGGAAGACUGGAUUACUACUAUUACAUGGUUGCUGCUCUGGGGGUCUUAAACAUGGGCUAUUUUUUGCUGUGCUCUAAGUGGUACAAGUACAAAGGGGGCAACGAUGAUGCACUGCUUGAGCUCAAUGGGGAGACAAACCAAUCUGAGAAACAUCUAGCAUAA